AUGGCUUUUCUGCUUCCUUGGGCACUGGCCUUCCUGACGUCCCGCGGUGCGUGCACCGCAGGAGGGGCCGCAGGGGGCAUGCGGCCGUCGGGCCGCCUGUUGCGGCACGCGGCGCCGCCCCAGAUCCAGGUGAGUGGAAGCCCUGAGUCCAAGCGUGCGUACUUCCGGCAGCUGUUCAGCAAGAGCUGGGAUGCCUUCCUCACAGAGCUGGAAGAGCCAGGUGGUUGUUCCGUGGCAGUCCUUUUGAAGCCGUCUCCAGGUUCCGUGGGAGCAACACUGCGAGUAUGUGCCCUUCUUGGUGUGCCCUUCUUGCUGGUGCUUGGUGGCUUGGGCUCUGCUGCGCGGAACAAAGAGAUCCGCAUUUCGCAGCUGCAGCGACGGCCCGACUGGGGCGUGGCCCUGCUCACACCGCCCGAAGAGGUGCGUUUGUCGGAAGCUUUGUGUGAGCUCAAGGGUUUGGGCUUCCACACCUUGGGGCUCAGCUGUUCCGAGGAGGCAACCGAGCUCUGGGAAGCAGACCUCAGACAUGACCGCAUGGCCUUCGUCUUCGGAGAGGACGGCCUAGAUCAGAUUGCAACCGAAGAAGUUCACGCAAUAGCUCACAUUCCGAUCGAAGAGGGGCGCGGCUGCCGACUCUCGCUGCCGCACUCUGCCUCCAUGGUCUUCUACGAGCACCAGCGGCAGCGUGAAUGCAGUGGCCAGGAGCUGCAAGACAUCAAAAAGUCCGGAAUCAUGUGGAAGGGCGAGGCGCUUGAGUUCAACGAGCUGCGUGAGGCGUGUGCAGACGAGACUGGCUUCUUGCAGCUGGUUGAGGAGCGCCUUGAGGUGAUGGGGACCACCGAAGCAUCUGCUGCUUCGAAGUCCAGCGGCGGCUUUCAUCGCAUGCUGCAGCGCUGGUUUCACGGUGGCGCCAGGAUUCACCGGGAGGGUGCCACCAAUGCGCCGUGGGACUGUCAAGUCGAUGUGCUCCUUCGCUGGGAUGGCUCCAUGCUGAACCUCAGUACUCUUCAUGAAGCAGUGCAGGCUGUGCAGCGCCAGCAUCCCAUGCUGCGAGCGCGACCGCCUCUCGAUGACAGCACCGACUUGAAGUUGGGCUGCCGAGAUAGCGGCUUCUCCACCACAGUUGCUGCUACGUGGUCCUUGCUUUGCGAGGAGAUCGCUGUGCCACGUCGCCUACGUGAGCUA